AGGCCUAUAACGUGUGUGGACUAACUGAGAUUCAAUACAUGUACUUAUUAAAAAUAAAAGAAAAAUGUAAAUGAGAAGAAAACUUCCAAUAAUAUCACGCGAAGCUUCUUGAUCGUGCAAUUUUGACUAAAGACGACUUCAAACAUUCUUGUUCCUCCUCCGCGGCGAAUGGCGAUGAUGUAGUAUUUAUUACCGCACAAACCUACCACUACUACGUACCAAUAUUUCCAUCUACACUGAUGGAUAAUCUGAGCUCAAUGGCAUAUCAAGAACGGCUCCCGGCGGUACCAGAAUGGCUGAACAAAGGGGACAACGCAUGGCAGAUGACGGCGUCUACCCUCGUGGGUCUCCAGUCGAUGCCUGGUCUCGUCAUACUGUACGCCAGCAUCGUCAAGAAAAAGUGGGCUGUUAACUCCGCCUUCAUGGCCCUCUACGCCUUCGCCGCCGUCUUAAUCUGCUGGGUUCUCCUCUGCUACCGCAUCGCCUUCGGUGACGAGCUUUUACCCUUCUGGGGAAAGGGCGCCCCUGCCCUUGGCCAGAAGUACCUUACCGGACGCGCCGCCGUGCCGGAGAGCACCCACUACUACGCAAACGGCACCGUGGAGACCAAAAUGAACGAGCCAUUUUUCCCGAUGGCGACGCUUGUUUACUUCCAGUUCACAUUUGCGGCGAUAACCACCAUUUUGCUGGCGGGGUCGGUGUUGGGGAGGAUGAACAUUAAGGCUUGGAUGGCGUUUGUGCCUCUUUGGUUGACUUUCUGUUACACCGUCGGCGCCUACAGUCUAUGGGGAGGUGGGUUUCUAUACCACUGGGGUGUGAUUGAUUAUUCCGGGGGCUACGUCAUUCAUCUCGCAUCUGGAAUUUCUGGUUUCACGGCGGCUUAUUGGGUGGGGCCUAGAUUGAAAGCAGACAGGGAAAGAUAUGUACCGAACAACAUACUGCUAAUGCUUGCGGGAGCAGGGCUGGUGUGGAUGGGAUGGUCUGGGUUUAAUGGUGGUGCACCAUAUGCAGCAAAUGUAGUUUCAUCUGUAGCUAUAUUGAACACCAAUGUAUCUGCAGCUACUAGUCUUCUUGUUUGGACUUGUCUUGAUGUUUUCUACUUUGGUAAACCCUCUGUUAUUGGUGCUGUUCAGGGUAUGAUUACUGGUCUUGCUUGCAUUACUCCUGGUGCAGGUGUGGUUCAACCUUGGGCUGCUAUUGUAUACGGAAUGCUUUCUGGUAGUGUUCCAUGGUAUUCUAUGAUGAUUCUUCACAAAAAGUCCACUUUGCUUCAAAAGGUUGAUGAUACAUUGGCCGUGUUCUAUACACACGCUGUGGCCGGAAUACUGGGCGGCCUUCUCACAGGGCUGUUUGCGGAGCCGACACUGUGCAGCAUGAUUCUGCCAGUAACAAACACAAAGGGUGCUUUUUACGGUGGAGGAAUGCUAUUCGUUAAGCAAUUAGUAGCCGCAUUAUUUGUCAUUGGAUGGAACUUCAUAUCCACAACAGUGAUUCUGCUGCUAAUCAAAAUAGUGAUACCUCUGCGCAUGCCAGACGAGCAUCUCGUGAUUGGAGAUGAUGCUGUCCAUGGUGAGGAAGCGUACGCUCUUUGGGGUGAUGGUGAGAAAUAUGACUCUGCUAAACACGGAUGGCAUAAUCCAUCUCAUCCAGAUCAUGAUUUGCCUCAAACUACUGGACUUUUUAGUGCUAGGGGUGUUACUAUUGAUUUAUAAUUUUUAAUGUUAGAAUGAAUUUGUAUCUACUUAAUUAUUCCACUGGUUUUGUAGAUAUAAGAUUUGUUGUGUGGAUGGACUAAAGGAAUUGAGAGUGGCAUUGGUUCGAAGAUUGUUUUAACCUUGUGUUGUGACUUGCGAUCACAUGGUUUGUUAUGUAUGAUUGUAUUAUAUGAAAUGUGAGUUUAAAUAAGAAAUUAUGCUUCAGCUUCUAU